GAUGGCGGCGCUAGUGAAGCGCGUGGGAUGGGCUACGCGACCGUUGCUGCCGGUGGUGCAGGCUUCGGACCUCGAUUCGCGGCGCUGGGUCCGGGCAUUGCGGCGGAGCCCCGUGAAAGUGCUGUUCCCAUCUGAUGAGGUUGUGGAACGGAAGCUUGAUCCCGGGAAACAGCCUCAGAAGGCGGCGGCAGAGGCCGGUCCCCGGGAGCAGCGACAGAAGCAGCAGAUUCAGGGGCCAGCAUCCCAGACCCCCAGCACCUGGGAAGAGUCGGGGCUUCGCUAUGAUAAGGCUUUCCCUGGAGACAAAAGGCUAAGCAGUGUGAUGACCAUAGUUAAGUCCAGGCCAUUUCGAGAAAAGCAGGGGAAGAUCCUGCUGGAAGGUCGUAGGCUGAUUGCAGACGCUCUCAAGGCUGGUGCUGUGCCCAAAGUUUUCUUCUUUAGCCGUCUGGAAUACAUCAAGGAGCUGCCCAUUGAAAAGCUGAAAGGUGUUAGCCUCAUUAAGGUGAAAUUUGAGGAUAUCAAGGAUUGGUCCGACCUGGUAACACCACAGGGAAUAAUGGGGAUUUUUGCCAAACCUGACCAUGUUAAGAUGACAUACCCUGAGACUCAGCUUUGCCACACACUGCCAAUAUCCUUGAUUUGUGACAAUCUCCGUGACCCUGGGAACCUGGGGACAAUUCUGCGAUCUGCUGCUGGGGCAGGCUGCAGCAAAGUGUUACUCACCAAAGGCUGUGUGGAUGCCUGGGAGCCCAAAGUGCUGCGGGCAGGUAUGGGCGCACACUUCCAGGUGCCCAUUAUCAACAACCUGGACUGGGAAGCAGUGCCCGACCACCUGCCUGCUGACACCCGCGUCUACGUGGCCGAUAACUGUGGCCGUCACGUGCAGGCCCAGGCCCAGAGGUCUAACAAGGCCAGUGACUAUGGCUGGGUGCGUGACCACCGCCCGCUGAAGUUUCACGAAUGUGAGGAAGAGGAAGAGGAUCUAGAGAGUGGAGCGAGUCAAGACUGGCUCCCUGAACUCGAGGUCCAGAGUUACGACUCAGACUGGACAGAGGCACCGGCGGCCGUGGUGAUAGGUGGGGAGACCCACGGCGUGAGCCUGGAGUCCCUGCAGUUGGCUGAAAGCACAGGGGGCGGGAGGCUGCUGAUCCCCAUCGUGCCCGGCGUAGACAGCCUGAAUUCAGCCAUGGCUGCGAGCAUCCUGCUCUUUGAAGGCAAAAGACAGCUGCGGGUGAGGGUGGAACGCCUGAGCAGGGACAGGCAUUAACACCAAGAGGAGGGUGUGUGGAAGCCGUCCUCAGCUUGAAGUUGUCUCUGGUUACUGGAAAAAUAAGAGCUUCCAUGACUUUCUGCUCAGCCUCAAAAAUAAGGAAGGUCAAAAUUCCUCCUGAGGUCUCCCAUCUUCCCGCUGAUUUUUAUGUGUGUGUGUGGGUGGUUAAGAGACAACAGAAGUAAGUGCGCCUCGUGGCUCUUACGUUUUUAAAAAUUGUCCACCAAAGAGCAUCUUUGUGCCCAGAAAGUUGCUGAAGGCAUCAUCCUGGGCAGGAGGACCCCUCCCUCCACAGCUGUAGGUGCUUGCAGUCAGAGAGGGCUGGUUAGAGUGCCCAGGCUUGGUCACUUACUCCUCUGAUCGUUGGUCAAUGGAAAGUAAGCCCCUGUGAAGUGCAGACCAGUAGAUUAUGUUAAAAUCCUUUAUUUAUUUCAGUGUGGUCAGUGGGUCUCAACGCCCAUCUUUUCAUCUUUGGCCUAGUGGUGAGGACAUAACUGAGAGAUUAAUGAUCGAGGAAGCUAAGGGUACAGGUGAUGGCAUUCAGUAGUAUUAAUAGUGGUUCUGGCUUGGCUGUGUUAAUCUCUUUGAUUGUUCAUGCAGGCCAUGACUUAGACACUGUUUAUGUAUGACACAGUUUUUCUCCCCAAUUUCUGGUGAAACAGCUGAUUUCAUCUGUUGGUAUUACACCUUCUUAGCAUCUCUGCAGAUAUCUAUUUGAAGACUCUCAGUUCAGAAAAGGAAAAAACAGUUUUUAAAUCUUCAGCUUAACCCUGCAUCUCUCAACAAAGCCAUACUCCUUGUAAUAGCUUCCUGCUGUUAGUCCUGCUUUGUGUAACCCUUUUGCUUAAAUGGAAUGACUUGUUUACAUUAACCCCUCGUCCAGCAUAAACAGAACACCAGUGUUCUUGGUGCUGUGUGAACAGAGGCUUCUGCACGGAGAGGGGCGGAGGAAGUCCUGAGGAUGAACACUCGGGGCCGUUGAGCCCACAGCUCGGCAGCAAGACCCUGCUAUUCUUCUCUUAAAACAGGGCAGACUGAAUCCUUACUGAGCACCAGUGGGAUGUAGCCAGGGACAUGAGGGCAGGGGCAGGCGGUGAUCACUCUAAGUCACUAUGGGAAGCGGGGGGUGGGACUAGAGUAUGGGACUGACUUUUGAGCAGUGUGUUUGCAGCCACAGAGAGUAUGGUUGAAGACCAAGAUGCCAGCAGGGUAGUGUGAGCACCUCCCUUCCAUAUGGUGGCUCCUGCCUUGACUGGGCUUCCUUGGGAGCCCCUCAGCUGCUCGUCACGGAGGUCCAAUGAGUUGCAGCAUGGCCCAGAGAAACUAGGGACCUCUCCUAACCCCUUCACCUCGCCCAGGUCCCUGGUAAACCAAAAGGUCAUGUAUGGCUGUGCCUAAGCGGCCCCGGUGGGACUGCUUUGUUAUGUUGGAGAGGAGUGGGUUUUGCAGGAACAAUCUCUUUGGUUGGCUGUGCUCUCUCAGGCUGACAGGCUGGAAGCUGCUCUGGUCUGGAUCUGCCCAGGGCCCCACAUAAAUGUUGGGCGACAGUGGCCCCUGGAAUGUUCUUGAGAGCGUCUAUCCCUGUCAGCCUUCAGAAACUAGAAGAGCCCACAGCCUUUGUACUGUGCUGAGCCCACAAAGGCUGUGUGUGGCCUCCUCUGCCAGCUUCACAGCCCCAAUGCGUGCAGGUGAAAUGGUGGGGGACAACCCACAGAACAAUACCACUCUACUGACAGUCUCCCAACACCUUGGAAAAGUGCUAAAGAAACAUACAUCACUGAAAAGAGGCUCCAUGCCUUUUCAGCAUGAAACCAGCCUCCUCUUAUUUUUAUCCCAAAAUAAAAACCAAUGAAAG